CGUGUCCUGGGAGGGGCUCUGGGAGGGGCUCAGGGAGGGGCACUCUCAUGCUCUGCUCUGUCUGACACAAAACCUCGGUACCGGGGAACCCGGCCCGGACAGCCAUGGACCCCGGGCAGAACAUCACCAUGACACGCAGGGAGCUGGGCUCAGCGGACGGCGAGGCAGCAGAUAACGAUGUUUUCCUCCCAGAUGAGAAUGUGGUACGUCCUAAUCAAUUUUUGUGUGAGUUACCAAGUUACCAAUCCCUGUUAAGACGGAAGCCUUCAAAUUAUGGAACCAUUGAAACACGCAAAAGUAGUCGGCGGCUGAAAGCUUCACUAUCCCGGGAGCUGAGUCGCCAGGAAUCUGUGGAUGGUGACCUAAGUGUUCCUCCGCGGGAUCAUGCUCUCAGUAUGCAGGAAAAAAGGAAAUUGAGGGAUUUUCAGACACUGCACUCCGAAUAUCCUACUGGAUGGAGUCAAUGGAAAGACAACAGCAGAAAUGUAUACAGGAUCGCCAGAGAUGAUGUAACUGCGAUAUUAUCUAAUUUGCAGCUCUGGAGAAGCAAUAUUCAUAGUAUUGAGGGGAAAUUUGGGACGGGUAUUGGCUCUUAUUUCUCCUUUCUGAGAUUCCUGGUGCUGCUGAAUUGUGUUAUUUUCCUUCUGAUGUUCUUUUUUACCAUUCUGCCACUCGCCAUUUCUAAACAAGGAGCUUUUAACAGCAGCCAAAUCAUUCCAUCCAGUCUUGAAUCAGAAUGCACAGUAUACUCUCCAACUACCCAAGGACUUGUGUAUUUCUACAAUAACAUCAUAGAUCUUCUGUCUGGGACGGGUUUCCUUGAGCUGACUUACCUGUUCUAUGGUUAUUAUACCGUAGACUUGGUUACUAUUUACAUCUUCCACUAUAGCCUACCACUAGCCUAUAUAAUGGUCACAUUUGUUUACUUGUUCUUAAGCAUCAUCUGGAUUGUGAAAAGGGCGGUAGAAGGCUUUAAACAGAGCCUGGUGCGUGAUGAAGACCGGUUUCAGAGUUACUGUAAUAAAAUAUUUGCAGGCUGGGAUUUCUGCAUUACAGACCAGUACUAUGCACGUUUAAAGCACAGCAGUUUGCAGAACGAAUUAAAAACAGACCUGGCAGAAGAAAGGAUACGCCAAAGGAAAGAGAAGCGGACACGAAGAGAGACCAUUAGAAUCUAUUUCUUGAGAUUAUUUUUGAAUAUUAUUGUCAUUGGUGUAUUAUGUGUCUGUUUUUAUGCAAUCUACUUGGCUACAGCCUAUUCACAGGAACACACCAGUGCUAUGAGCUCUCAAAAAACUGACACACUGAGCUUGCUGGUGGAAUAUCUACCAUCUAUAGUCAUCACCAUUGCCAACUUUAUCACGCCACUCAUCUUUGAAACUAUAGUACGAUAUGAAGAUUAUGCCCCAGCCUUUGAGAUUCGCUUUACACUUAUAAGGUGUGUGUUUGUACGGUUGGCUAGCAUUGCUAUACUGCUUAUCUCUUUAUGGACUAAAAUCACUUCAUGCUCAAACCGGAACUGCCAGCCUUGUGGAUACAACUAUAAAGACUACCCGUGCUGGGAAUCACGAGUGGGACAAGAAAUGUACAAGCUUAUGAUGUUUGACUUUAUAAUAAUUGUGGCAAUAACAAUUUUUAUUGAAUUCCCAAGGAAGUUGUUGGUCACCUAUUGCUUAUGGAAACCAGUUCAGUGGUGGGGCCAGCAGGAGUUUGAGAUCCCUCAGAAUGUACUGGAGAUUGUGUAUGGACAGACAAUCUGCUGGAUUGGAACUUUCUAUUCCCCACUUCUUCCAGCCAUAGCAGCUUUAAAGUACUUCAUUAUAUUCUAUGUUAAAAAGAUUACUCUAAUGGAAAACUGUAGACCGGCUACUAGGCCUUUCCGUGCCUCUAGCUCCAAUUUCUUCUUCCAGGUGGUACUACUAAUUGGCCUGAUCCUUGCAUGCGUCCCGGUGGGAAUUGGAAUUGCCCAAAUACCGGCUUCUAAAGCAUGUGGUCCAUUCCUGAACUAUAACACAUCCUGGCAAAUCAUUCCAAGCACUGUGGACCAGUUUCCAGAAGGCCUAAAGAAGACCAUUUAUGUAAUCGCAUCAGAAUCCUUUGCUGUUCCAUUUUUUAUGUUGUCAUGCCUGGUUAUGUUCUACUUCAUGGCAUUGGUAGGCGCCCACAAGAGGGUGGUGGAGCAGCUGCAGGAACAUCUGGUCAUGGAGAGCAGAGACAAAAUGUUCCUUAUCAAACAACUGACAGAAGCGCACUCCAUCUAUAUCUAACACAGCGUAUGAUCUGUAAAGGGAACAAGGGCAUGUAUAGUUCUAUGUCUACUGAACCAAAGCAACUAUGUGACAGUGUGACCUGUGCUACGUUGUUCUCCCGGCUUACUGUUUAUUACGCACAUUCUAGAAUGUAGCUCCCCCAGUUACAUGGGGUUACAACAUUUGGCUAGGCUAAUGUGGACUUUUAUUAUUGAUAACAAUGUCUUAAAGUUAAACCUCACAGUAACAUGUUCUAUGGAGGAAUGUGCCUGGAAAACUGUAGGUGGGAAUGCAUUACCUAUCCUAUGAGAAAGGGAGAAACAAAUGGGUUUAUUUAUUUUAAAUUGUGAAUGUUUGGUCCUACUGUAUCCAUUCUGUGUUUUGCAUGGCGAGCCAACUAAUAUAACUCCAGGAUCAUGGUGCUCUUGCCUGUAGAAUGGAGUACCAGUGUCAUUUUUAACAAAAUAUGUAUCCGAAGAAGUUUAUUUGUCAAUAUAUUUUUGUAAUUAAACACUACAGAUGUUUGUCGUUUUUAAGCACUGCACUCCCUCCCAUAUUUGUUGUGAUGUCCUUCUCACGGCUGUCACUGCUCAGCAGGAAAACAGCUGGUGGAAAAGGGUGGUAUUCAGGUUGUCGGGAUCCCGGCGCACAGUAUACCGGCGCCGGAAUCCUGACAGCCGGCAUACCGACACUUUUUCUCCCUCGUGGGGGUCCACGACCCCCCUGGAGGGAGAAUAGAUAGCGUGGCACGCGUAGAGAGCCCGCAAGGGGCUCAUUUGCGCUCGCCACGCUGUCAGUAUGCCGGUGGUCGGGCUUCCGGCGCCGGUAUGCUGGUCGCCGGAAGCCCGGCCGCCGGCAUACCAUACUACACCCGUGGAAAAUCCUCUAGUAUUUGAGAGGGGUUCCAAUGCUGCCAGAACUUGGAUGUUUCUCACUAAGAGGGAUAUACAGUAGCAAACCUUCUAAAGAGGACUGCAACUAAUCAGCUUCUAGUUUUCAUUUAUCAAGUCAAUUCUAUAAAAUGAUUGGUAGAAGCUGGUUGCUAUGGGUAACUACUCUACCUGUCCUAUAUAGAAGUUUUCAUAUAUCUCCCUUUUUAAUUGUACUUGUUUUUAUACAGAACUUUUCUUAUUGAAUGGCUUCUACUAUGAUCCUAAAUACAGGCAGCAUUGUAUGAAAGGCUCCUGUGUGAUAGCCUGUCAUAGGUGUUUAUCUGUUAAGCAGAGGUAUAGCAAAGUUCUAUACACCAGUCACAUUGUAUUAUUUGUUUACGGCAUUUGAUGGCAAUGCUGCUUUAAUUAAUAUUGUAUUCAUUUUUUAUUUAGGUCAAUUGAAGCAGCCUAAUGUUAUACAGUAUGUACACUACAAAACAUUUAUAUACAUGUAUGUAAAUGUAUGUUUCAGCAUUUAAUAGCACUUUAUUUGGUAUGUUGCUGAAACUAGCGGUUUCUCACAUGAUAUUAACUGAAUGUUUAUGAAUAAACAAACACAGGGUUACAAGCGAUAAACACAAGAGGUCAGAUAAAAUAGGCCAUUACAGCAUGUUGUAUUUGUUUGUGCAGGAUUCUUGGGGAAUACUUUGUACCUGUCCUAGUAAAAGUUUUUAAAACUGUCCUAUUAGCUGUCUCUCUGCCAAAGUGUUUUAUUUCAAAAGUGGAUAAAAAUAAAAUCUGUAUUUUAAUGUU